CUGUAAGUCAACUAAGCACAUGGAAAAACAACCCAACUAAACUCAUCGGCCCAGACUUUAUUUCUUUGUGCUCAUUUUUUGGUUUUUCAUUUUAUGGAACUUCUCUUUCCAAAGUCCCCACUAGAGGGUCCAUAUUUACAGAUAUUUUUUGAGCUGAUCAUAUAUAUAAAUGCUCUACCAAAAGUUUGAAGUGGUCAUAUAUUAUCCUUUUUUGUGUUGUAAUUUCAACCAUGGAAGCUGCGUCAAAGGCACAAUUGUCAAGAAGUAUCGGAGGCUGGAUCACCUUCCCCUUCAUCAUAGCGAGCAUAGUAGGCUUGACACUAGCAUUUGGAGGUUGGUCAUUCAACCUUAUUGUGUAUCUGAUCCAAGAAUUUGAUGUGGAGAGCAUUGAUGCAGCUCAAAUAUCAAAUUUGGUUAAUGGUGCUGGAAACUUAAUUCCUGUCCUUGCUGCAAUUAUUACAGACUCAUUUCUUGGUUCCUUCUCUGCCAUUUGGAUUUCAUCCAUCAUCUCAUUAUUGGGUACAAUCCUUUUAGCUUUAACAGCAACACUUGAUUCAUUGAGACCUAAACCCUGUGAAGUUGGUUCAACCUCAUGUAGCCCUAAAUCAAGAAUUCAAUAUAUAGUGCUCUAUGCAGCCAUAGUUCUAGCAACAUUGGGAUAUGGUGGUACCCGAUCAACCCUAUCGACGAUUGGAGCCGAUCAACUAGUUGAUAAGCCAAAAGAUCAAGGAAUUUUCUUCAAUUGGUUCUAUUUCUUUUGGUAUUCUGCUUGUUUAGUAGCAUCAACAGCUAUUGUCUAUGUUGAAGAUAACGUAAGCUGGAAAGCUGGAUUUUUUAUUUGUGUAGCGUGUAAUGUUGUUGCUUUAGUCAUUUUCCUAAUGGGAAGCAGAUUUUACGCCAAGUUUAAGCCAGAAGGGAGUCCAUUCACCAGUUUUAUUCGUGUUGUUGUUGCAAGUAUUAGGAAAAGACAAGUUACACUCCCAUCGACUAAUGAGCAUUUCUACCAAGGACAUAAUGAAGUACCCAAAGCAUUAGCUGUUUUACCUUCGAAUACCUUCAGGUUCUUGAAUCGUGCCGCUAUUGUAAGUGAAGGUGAUAUUAAAUCAGAUGGUUCAACAAUUAAGCGUUGGAGACUUUGUUCAGUACAAGAAGUAGAAGAUUUCAAAACCUUAAUUAGAAUCUUACCACUGUGGACAAGUAGCUUUUUUCUUUGCACAACAAUUGGCGUCCAAUCAAGUUUGUCAAUCCUUCAGGCAUUAGCAAUGGACCGUCACCUAGGACCCAAUUUCCAAAUCCCAGCUGGUUCUAUACUCGUCUUCGUCCAAAUCUCUACUUCCCUAUUUCUAGCUCUUUUUGACAAAUUUCUCUUUCCCAUGUGGCAUAAUUUGACUGGCAAACCACUUACACCUCUCCAGAGAAUUGGCGUUGGACACGUGCUCAAUUUUGUAAGCAUGGGUAUCUCAGCCUUAGUCGAAUCAAAGAGGCUAAAUGUAGCAAAGUCCCAUCAAGGUUCCAAUAUUGUGCCUAUGUCAGUGUUAUGGCUUGUGCCACAAUUAGUCAUUGUUGGUAUUGCUGAGGCAUUUCAUUUUCCGGGACAAGUAUCAUUGUACUACCAAGAGUUCCCAAUAACCUUAAAGAACAUGGCGACCGCGAUGAUUUCGGUGCUUGUUGGUAUAGCAUUUUACUUGGCAACUGCUGUAAUUGAUAUUGUUAGAAACACAACAACAUGGUUACCAGGUAACAUAAAUAAUGGAAGGAUGGAUAAUGUGUACUGGAUAUUGGUUGUAGGGGGAGUUGUGAACUUUGGUUACUAUGUAAUAUGUUCUUGGUAUUACAAGUAUCAAAAUCUGAUGGAAGUGGAUCAUAGUGACUCUCCUAAUGAAGAGUGAUUCACGAGUAAUCACGAGUCAUGAUUAUUGACAACAACGUCGUACCUAGCUUUGUAAUGAUGUGAUUUUCUAAGGCCAAUUGCAAAAUGAGAAGAAUGUACUCAAUUAUCUAUCUUGAUUUCCUAGAAUAAUAAGUAUUUUGAAUCA